UUAUUAAGGAAUCGUCAGAUAAAAUUUAUUGUUAUGAAUGUCCAUAUACACUUUAGUAAGAAUCCUGACAGUGCUUCAGAGAACUUCUCUAGGACUGUUGUGCAGCCCUCUAGUGAUAAGCUGUCUGAUCGGUAUGCGAUGAAUAAAUCACGGUUUAUCAGAAGCAAGACCGAGUCAGAAGUUUUGUUUUUAGAACAACAAUUUAUGCAAGAUCCUUCGUGGAGUAGAAAAACAGUUCAAUUUUGAAAGGACUAUUUGAAUCUGGGUACCACCCAGAUCUAUAAAUGGGGCUUUGAUAAGAAGAAGCUGUUCAAGAAGUAUUCUCGCAUAAUUGUGAAGCUUAGCAACAAUGCUAAGCCAGGCUCUGAAGAGUACUUUGGAGCAUUCUUUAGCUACCUCAGAAUGUUGAAUCAGAAGAAAUCAAGGAAAUUCCGUAAGGGAAAGAAUAAAAUUAAGGUAGCUGAAGAGAAAGAAAUCCAACCUCUUUUAUGAGCAGAUCAGAAAGAAGAAUUAGGCCUUUUGAAUCUAGAUAAGCCAAUAGAUUACGAGCAUGAGGUUGAUGAGGUAUUGAAACUGGUUGAUGAUCAGGCAAAUAAUUGCAAUAAAAGAAGAUCUGAUCGUACACAUAAUUGUUCCCGAUCCAAUGACCAGAUGUCUGUUGUGAAAGGAAUCCCGUCAGAAAGCAACAACCAUUGGUUAGAUGAACUCUGGCGUGAAGAGUUUAAUGCCUCUAGCUAUGUUUCAAGUUCGUCAGAUUAUAUAACUCCAGAAUCCCUCUUUGAGAAAGAUGAGGGAAACCAAUAUUUUUGCCUCACUUUUGGAUCCGAUGAAGAACUUAACAAUACAAGUAAUGCAGGUUUCAAGGAGCCUCUCUUCUGAGAUUCUUUGGGUUCAAGCAGCCUCUAA